AUGGAAUAUAAUGAAUUAGGAUAGGAUUCCGUGUGAAGGCAAAGGUAUCUCACCUUGCUUUCUCUCAUGACCAAAACACAUGCUUUGCCAUGCUUAUAUAACAGACCUAACACCCCCAAUGUGUGUGCACUAUGCUAAUUCUCAUCAUAUCACAAUUCUUGUUCAUAUAAAAAAGGUUCUUUUCCCCAUCUUUGUCUCCAUUCUUUCUCAUCCAUACUUUCUCCUCACUACUCUAGAUCUCUCUCUUUUCCCAUCAAACAUCCAUGGCUACCCUCUCUUCUACUACAAAUCAGACCAACAACCAUGAGGUUGAUGGGAAACCAAUUCCUCAUCACGAUCAAAACGUUCUGCAAAAGCACGCAGGGUUCUUCGACAGGAACCACGAUGGUGUCAUUUACCCAUGGGAGACAUUCCAAGGAUUUCGCGCAAUAGGUUGUGGGGUCUUGUUAUCGACCGUUGCGGCAAUUUUCAUCAAUGGCGGUCUCAGUCAGAAAACUCGCCCGGGCAAGUUUCCUUCUAUAUUGCUACCAAUUGAAGUUAAAAACAUCCAGAGAGGCAAACAUGGAAGUGACUCUGGUGUCUAUGAUAGUGAAGGAAGGUUUGUUGCAUCAAAAUUUGAAGAAAUUUUCAGCAAGCAUGCUCGAACACAUCCAGAGGCUUUAACAUCUGAUGAAUUGAUGGGGAUGCUUAAGGCCAAUAGAGAGCCUAAGGAUUACGGUGGAUGGUUUGCUAGCUACACUGAGUGGAAGAUUCUAGAUGUUCUUGCCAAAGACAAGGAUGGUUUACUUCACAAAGAGACUAUUAGAGCGGUUUAUGAUGGAAGCCUGUUUGAAAAAAUGGAAAAGGAGCACUCAGAAAAGAAGAACAAAUGAAUAUAUAUACAGAUUGAUAUGAAUUGUGUUGGGACAUGAAUCUUAAUUUGUGAAUGUCUUGUGUCGGGUGUAUGAACUUAAGGUAUACAAAUUCUCAAGUGUUGAUGAAUGUGAAUGAUAUUUUCUUUAUUUGUUUAGAAAGUGUUAAUUGUAAUAUUUUCACUGUGUUUUUAUGGUCAAAUGUCUCCUAUAGUUUGGUUAAUGUUAAAAGAAAAACUCUUACCAUAUAUAUAUACACCUUCAAUA